AUGGGUAGACCAUCUCGUGAGUACGGGCGCUUGGCUUCUGGUUUAAAGGCGGGCGGCUUUACACUACCAGGGGAGUUUGCUGUCUUUUUCCGAAAGAAACAACAGCUGCCGCUGCAGGACGAUGGGGUGUACAGACAGCAAGAGCAGAGGCCGCCUCGGAAGAUAGACGCGGAAACCACUCUGGUUCAUAACAACUUUCUUUACACUGGAAGUCCCUUUAAACCGCAGAUAGGAGACAUUCGUGUCUCUUUCUGGGCCAAUGCUUCCUCCCACAUCUCCCUUAUAGGCAAACAAACAAAACCCUUCUUUGGAUCAGCAAGAGCUAUUGCAGCAGCGGCUGCUGCGGAGCUAAAAGAGGGCCACCCUCUAACAAUCGCUGCCGAGGGGGACUAUGAGCCGCAGCGGCUGAUAGAGCAUCGAUUACAGGAUUUAGGCUUUCCUUAUUCUUUUGUUUGGACUUGGCGUCUUGUGUUAUUUUUCUCUUUCUUUCUUCUCUUUGUCUCUUUCGACGGAUGUGGCUCGGAAGAAGCAGCAGCUGCAGAACCAACAGCAACAACAACUCAGACCAACUCCAAACACUUUCCGCUGUGGACUCGGGUGAUUGUUGCUGCACUUGCGGCAGCAGCUGCUACUUUUUUACUGCUUGCUGGAGCCUGCCUGCUGCUGCCACGUUUGCUGCCCGCGAGCACGUCCCCAGAUACCACCGCUGAAGGAAAGUACUACGACUUGGGGAUUUGCUUGCAGGUCCCUGGUUCCCUGCGCAGCAGCACCAGCAGCAUCUCGCAUGCAUCAUCAGCAGCAGAAGGAGCAGCACCAGAAUAUAAGCAAGGCACUGUCAUUAGGUGGACCACAACGCCGGCCUUGGGCCCGUCGCCGCAGGACUCCCUCAGAAGAGGCUCUGCUUCGGCUGCAGCAGUACCGCCCACAACAGGAAAUAGUACAACUGCAGCAGGCUCAUCAGAAGCGUCAUCUUUGUAUGGAGCUGCUUAUAAGAACAAUGGAAUCAACUCCCAAGACUUCGGGGUGUACGUGCCCCCGCCCGUAAUGCAAACAAGAGCAGGCAGCCUUACCGGUGUCUCCCUGCAAAAGUCGUCCUCCAAAGGCUCUAUUUAA